AUGCAACACACCAAGAUCUCUCCAAGGCUGCCGCCUACCCCAAAACCCUCGACAGAGUUGGCACCAAGACGAACUCCUCGCCUUUCAAUAGAUGCAUCGUUCAAUCUGGGCCCUGCCGCAAUCACACUGUCCCCAGAGGUUUUAAAAACCGCCUCAUCAGCACACACUGUCGCGGCAACUCACCAGGCUCCACCACUAUCUCCGACUUCUCCAUUCUCGCUGACACCGAUCAAUCCAGAUGAGCCAAGGGUACAGCAAAGGCGGCGGACCUCAUCUAGUGCUGGUACGACUACCAGCAAGAGGAAGGAUGUCGUGAUUGGGCCACCGCCUACUAGGCAACAUCCAAUCAUUCAGAUGAAGCCUAGAGAAGUAGUACCGGCCAUUGUGGAGGACACAACGACCAAGGCUGUUGCCGGAACAAAGCGGAAAGCUACUGGUGUAUCUGCAGCAAAGAGAAAGAUUGCUCGCAAGACCGCUCAUUCAGAGAUCGAGAGGCGGCGUCGAUCAAAAAUGAAUGACCAGUUCGCCAAACUUAAGAGCAUGGUUCCUGCUUGUAAAAACCAGGAUAUGCAUAAACUCGCCAUUCUUGAGGCCACUACUGAAUACCUUGCAUAUCUUGAAGAGGCCAUCAAAGUGUACCGCAACGCAGGUUCAGACAGCGUCGUUCACAGCCCACCAACCUUUUCCGCUUCGGAUAGCGGACCAGGCGAUGAGAUGAUUGAUUAUGACGAUGAGGAGGACGAUGAGGCCGAUGACUUCGCCAUCGCUACUGCAGACUGUUCGCCAGCGUUGUCAGCAAUUCCGUCCCACCAACCCACGCUUGAAAUCACAGACACAGAGGCCACUCACGCCUUACUGCUCCUUGCCGACCACCAAUCACAACAUUCUCCUAGAGAACGAAUGAUGAGCUUUAGUACUAGAUCGAGACCGAUUUCGGUGAAAGAUUUGUUAUUGUAG